AGUGCGGGCUGGAAGAAGAAAAGCAAAUUUUCAAGUUGGCGGCUGCGUGGGCCCCGAGUGGGGGAGGGACGCCAGGUUUUUCUCACUGGAUCUCUGCGUAUCCAGGCCCCCUCCACCAUGGCCAGCCGGGGUGGGGGCCGGGGUCGUGGCCGAGGCCAGUUAACCUUCAACAUGGAGGCUGUGGGCAUUGGGAAGGGUGACGCUUUGCCCCCACCCACUCUCCAGCCCUCUCCACUCUUCCCUCCCUUGGAGUUCCACCCAGUGCCACUGCCCGCAGGAGAAGAAGGGGAGUAUGUCCUGGCACUGAAGCAAGAGCUGCGUGGGGCCAUGAGGCAGCUCCCCUACUUCAUCCGUCCAGCUGUCCCCAAGAGAGAUGUGGAACGUUACUCAGACAAAUAUCAGAUGUCUGGGCCAAUUGACAACGCCAUCGAUUGGAACCCUGAUUGGCGGCGACUACCCAGCGAGCUCAAGAUUCGAGUGCGCAAAGUACAGAAGGAGCGGACCACCAUUAUCCUUCCCAAGAGGGCCCCUAAGAGCACAGAGGUGAAGGAGGAGACCAUACAGAAACUAGAGACUCUAGAGAAGAAGGAGGAGGAAGUAACUUCAGAUGAAGAUGAAGAGAAAGAAGAAGAAGAAGAGAAGGAGGAGGGGGAGGAAGAGGAGUACGAUGAAGAGGAGCAUGAGGAGGAAACUGAUUACAUCAUGUCGUAUUUUGACAAUGGAGAGGACUUCGGAGGGGACAGCGAUGACAAUAUGGAUGAGGCCAUAUACUGAACACUUGGGCCAUAGACUGAAAACUGAACACCUGGGCCAUAGGCUGAACACCUGGGCCAUAGGCUGAAAACCCGAGCCCAUAUAUGUUCUUGAUUUGAGAUAUAGGGACUAAAUAUCCUUAUUUACUUAGGGAAUUUCCUGUUAUUGGUUUUGAGAGAGGAUCUCAUGUAGCUCAGGCUGGCCUGGAACUCAAUAUGUAGCUGAGGCUGGCCUUGAACUCUUGAUCCUCUCAUCUCCACCUCCCAAGUCUUGAGGUUACAGGGAUGCACCUUCACACCAGACUUACUAGUAUUUACUUCUUUUCUUUUUUCUUUUCUUUUUUUUUUUAGGGGGGUGUGUUUUGUUUUGUUUUGUUUUCGAGACAGGGUUUCUCUGUGUAGCCCUGGCUGUACUGGAACUCACUCUGUAGACCAGGCUAGCCUCGAACUCAGAAAUCCACCUGCCUCUGCCUCCCAAGUGCUGGGAUUAAAGGCGUGCGCCACCACCGCCCGGCUCUAGUAUUUACUUCUGUUGAGGAAGAAUUAUUCAGUCAGAAUCCAGGUGACCUGUGUGAUCCCGGGGGCUGUGCUGCACAGCAGUGACAGUUUAGGGGGUGCUUGGGGUGGAGGCAGUCAAAGGGAGUAAGGCUUGUUUUGUAUUUUUAAAUAAAAGGUUUGUAUCUGUCUCUACA